GUUGACUUGGAUCAUGUACGUUCUUUUUCCAUGGUGUUGAGGCGUCGCAAUGAGACGACCAUCCUUGCCAAUCACAGUUUAGCGUGCGCGGCAACGACGAUCGUGCCCCUGGCGCGCCGCAUGUUGCUUGAGUGAUUCCAGACUGCAUCCUUCACCCGACACUAACAGCCACCGCCCAACACCCGCCUCCACCUGCCUUUACUCGACGUCUACCUAUAUCGCAUUCAAGAUACGCAUACAAUUCGUGUAUCGUGCCCCUCAUUCUACCAUCCUACAGCGCUCGACGCUCGCUUCCAGGUCACACCGCUGCCUGCCCGUCAAUCGUUGCCCUCACAAUCCCUCACCAUGACGCGGAUAUUACUUCCCUUUGCCGCCGUCGUCGCUGCCCUUUCUCCGCUCGUCGAUGCCGGGGUCAAAUUCACAUCACCGAAAGCGGGCGACAAGAUUGCGGCUGGCGGAGCCGUCACAGUAAAAUGGGAAGAAGGUGGCACAGGACCGAAGCUAACAGACCUGACAACGUAUGAGUUGCAGGUAAUUGUGGGAGGCAAUGAUGGCACUGAGCAGUUCCCAGUGGGCGUCAUCACAACAAGCGGCGCGUUCACAGCGGGCAACACAGCCUCGGGUAGGAUUGAAACAACUCAGUCUGAAGAUUUGAAAGACGUCAAUGCCUACUUCAUCAAGAUGAUCGCAGUUGGAAAGACUGGCGGUCAGCUCCUCACCUACUCCGAUCGCUUCUCCUUCAGUGGCAUGACAGGCAAGAACGUUCUGAGCGACGCUGUCAAAGCCGCCGUCAAAGACAUUGACACCACAACCGGGCCACCGACCGUAGACACGACGACCGAUGGGACGAAUCCUGCUGACGCCGAUCCGGUUGAUGACGACGUAUACAAGGUGGACUACGCAAUGCAGACGGGCUUGACGCGUUAUGCGCCCAUGCAGCCUGUACCGCCCACAAAGGUUACCGCCAAGAACACAAAGCCCUUGUACCCUACAAGCAGCGUCAAGAUUGCAAAGACGAGGCUGCCGAUCCCGAGCCAAUUGACUACGCUUACGCAGAGUCAAACCUUCUCUGUCAAAAGCAUGGAGAACACGGUUGCCGCAGCUCCUCACGCCACCGAUGACAUGGCCAAAUUCCUGAGGCGCUGGCAGGACUAGAUUUCCCUCUAUCACUUCCAUUACCGAUUCGACAACGAACACAUGGGACGAAACAAAGCGACUGUGCUCCAUCGUACGACAAAGCAUAAACACCCACCUCUCGUGCCAAGAACUUCGGGUCGGUAUUUCGGAGCCAUAUACCGCAUUUGCUAGCUCGGCUGCAGCAUGGACAAUUGCGAUUUUGGUGGCAUCAUUGAUCUAACGCAUGGAUUGACAACGGCAUGAUGGACCGGCGUUUGGGGAUCGAGCGUGUUUUGCGGCGUCAGACGACUUGUUGUGGGUUAAGGAUUUAGACAUGAUUAUGUACUACUACGAAAAUUAGCGAAGCGACAUGCAUAUCUGUACAUCCAACAAAGAUUCGCGGCGUGCAAUUGAUGAUCGC